UUACAGCAACUAGCAUUAUUUAAUAUCUCCACAAAUGUUGGGCAAAUUCACAUCGAACCAUGUCCAGGUCUAUCAUCAAUACUCGCGCACAGUUUCCGUAAAAAAGCCCGUCAAGGCUGCUUAGCCUGCAUGUUGUGCUCAUUAAUUAAGUAGCGAAUUGCCAGGAUUACUUUACUCAACGCUCAACUCUCUCUCAACUCUCUCCGCAUCAGCAACAGCCAGUAACUACGUGAGAGAGCACGCGAAGUGUGGAGUUUCGCUCUCUCUUUAACUCUCCUUAUAUCUGUGUAUGUGUGUGUCUCUGUGCGUCCAUAGCGGACUAUGUUGAAACCGAAACGUUUGGCGAAGCAGAAGCCCAAAGCGAAACCGAUACCAUGGGGACUGAAAAAAAUCUGUUGGGGCCUGAUAAAUAUAACUGUGCCCAGGCAUCAGCCGCGCAGUUGGAUCGAGACAAACUUUCAGAAACGCGAGUGCAUCAAAUUCAUACCAUGCCCAAAGGACGAUACAAAAUGCUGCUGCGGCCAGGCACAGAUAACGCAUCAGACGAUAGCCGGCAUCGAGAGCGGCUCGCCGGGCGAUCUCUGGCUGCCCACAAAGCAUACACGCCCCCAGCCCACCGAUGCGUAUGGCACUAUUGAAUUUCAGGGCGGGGCGCAUCCCACCAAGGCGCAGUAUGUGCGGCUGUCAUUCGAUACGCGACCCGAGCUGCUGGUGCAGCUAUUCACCAAGGAAUGGAAUCUGGAAUUGCCAAAACUUUUGAUCACCGUGCAGGGCGGCAAGGCCAACUUUGAUUUGCAGGCAAAACUCAAAAAGGAGAUACGCAAAGGACUGCUGAAGGCGGCCAAAACAACGGGCGCCUGGAUAUUCACCGGCGGCACCAACACGGGCGUGACGAAGCAGGUGGGCGACGCUUUGCUCCUGGAGGGGCAACAGCGGACGGGACGCGUGGUCAGCAUCGGCAUCGCACCGUGGGGCAUUGUGGAGCGCAAUCACGAGCUGUUGGGCCACAAUCGUGAGGUGCCCUGCCACAGUAUUAGCUCGCCGAGAUCGAAAUUGGCCGUUCUGAACAAUCGGCAUGCGUAUUUCCUGCUCGUCGACAAUGGCACUCAGGCCAAAUACGGCGCCGAAUUGAUAUUGCGCCGCAAACUGGAGAAAUUUAUCUCGAAUUUAAAGCUGCAUCCAUUCACACAUUCCAGUACGCCCGUCGUCUGUCUGGUGAUUGAGGGCGGCACAAACACAAUACGUGCCGUACUCGAAUACGUGACGGACUCGCCGCCCGUUCCGGUUGUCGUUUGCGAUGGUUCCGGCCGUGCCGCCGAUCUGCUGGCCUUCGUGCACAAGUAUGCGUCCGAUGGCGAGGAGCAACCUGUGCUGGAGUCCAUGCGUGAGUAUCUCAUUGGCACCAUACAGAAAACCUUUGAAGUUGGCGUCGAUCAGGCCGAGAAACUUUACCAGGAGCUGCUCCAGUGCACGCGCAACAAGAAUUUGAUUACGGUGUUCCGCAUACAGGAAAAGCCCGAGGGCGAGGCACAGGAGCUGGAUCAGACGAUACUCACGGCACUCUUCAAAUCACAGCAUCUCAGUCCGCCGGAGCAGCUGAGCCUGGCGCUGACAUGGAAUCGCGUGGACAUCGCGCGCAGCGAGAUAUUUGUCUAUGGCCAGGAAUGGCCCAAUGGCGCUUUGGACGAGGCCAUGAUGCAGGCACUCGAACAUGAUCGAAUCGACUUUGUCAAAUUACUUUUGGAGAACGGCGUCUCGAUGAAGAAAUUUUUAACAAUUCCCCGCCUCGAGGAGCUCUACAACACAAAGCACGGCCCGGCCAAUACCUUGGGCUACAUAUUGCGCGAUGUCCGCCCGCAUAUACCGAAGGGCUACAUCUACACGCUCCACGACAUUGGCCUGGUCAUCAAUAAACUAAUGGGCGGCGCCUAUCGAUCCUAUUAUACGCGUCGCAAGUUUCGGCCCAUCUAUGCGAAGGUGAUGAACAGCUAUGCAAAUGCCUGCCGCAAAUCCUCCUCGUAUCAAUAUCAGCGCUAUGCGGGCGCCAAUUCCUUGAGCCUGGUCACCGGACUGCUGCCAUUUACCACCGAAAUGGCCCUCUUCGAGUUCCCAUUCAAUGAGCUGCUGAUCUGGGCCGUGCUCACGAAGCGGCAGCAAAUGGCGCUGCUCAUGUGGACGCACGGCGAGGAGGCGCUGGCCAAAUCCUUGGUCGCCUGCAAGCUGUACAAGGCGAUGGCCCAUGAGGCCGCCGAGGAUGAUUUGGAUACCGAAAUCUACGAGGAGCUGCGCUCCUAUGCCAAAGAGUUUGAGAGCAAGGGCAACAAGCUGUUGGACUUUAGCUAUCGCCAGGACGCGGAAAAGGCUCAACGUUUGCUCACCUGCGAGCUGCACUCGUGGUCCAAUCAGAGCUGCCUCUCGCUGGCCGUCGCCGCCAAUCAUCGCGCCCUGCUCGCCCAUCCCUGCAGCCAGGUCAUACUGGCCGAUCUCUGGAUGGGCGGAUUGCGUACCCGCAAGAAUACCAAUUUUAAGGUAAUUUUAGGCCUGAUAAUGCCAUUAUACAUAAGGCAAUUGGACUUCAAAUCCAAAGAGGAGCUACAACAAAUGCCACAGACCGAGGAGGAGCAUUUGGAGAAUCAGAAUUUGGACAACGAUGAUUCCGAUCGAUCACAGCCCGAUGCUGAGAACGCCCUUUUAAAAGCCAAAAGAUCCAUUUCCUUGAGAUAUAGGAUGGGCGCGGGCAGUAAUAAUCGCGACAAGGCUCUAUUGGCGGAUACUUAUUCGGUGCGCGAUACAAAAGUACACGAAAAUGGCAAAGUCUCGCUGACAGACUCGGAUCCAUCGCAGUUUCGCGAGUUCUUUCACCUGUCCGAAUUCAGCAACGAGAUUAAACAGCAUCAGCCGCUGCGCCUGAAGAAGAAGUUCUACGAAUUUUAUACGGCGCCCAUUACCAAAUUCUGGGCCGAUUCGAUUGCGUACAUGUUCUUUCUGAUAAUGUUCUCGUUCACGGUGCUGGUGAAAAUGGGUCCCAUGCCCCGCUGGCAGGAAUGGUAUUCGAUAGCCUACAUAACGACAUUGGGCUUUGAGAAGGUGCGCGAAAUCAUAUCCUCCGAGCCGGUGGCCAUUACGCACAAAUUCUCGGUGUGGGCAUGGAACAUGUGGAAUCCCUGCGAUGGCGCUGCCAUAAUACUCUUUCUUAUCGGCCUCUCCUUUCGCUUUCGCCCCAAUACCAUGGACAUUGGGCGGGUCAUCUACUGCGUGGACAGCAUCUACUGGUAUCUGCGCAUAUUGAACAUUCUCGGCGUCAACAAGUACCUCGGUCCGUUGGUCACCAUGAUGGGCAAAAUGGUUAAGAAUAUGAUAUAUUUCGUGGUGCUCUUGGCUGUGGUCCUCAUGAGUUUCGGCGUCAGUCGCCAGGCCAUACUCUAUCCCAACAACGAGCCCACCUGGCGGCUAAUCAGAGAGGUCACCUAUCAGCCGUACUUCAUGCUGUACGGCGAGGUCUUUGCCGACGACAUCGAUCCGCCCUGCGGCGAGGAUCCGCGUCAGCCCGCCUGCGUUACAGGGCAUUGGGUGACGCCUAUAACGAUGUCCAUGUACCUGUUGAUUGCCAACAUACUGUUAAUCAAUCUGCUCAUUGCCGUUUUCAAUAAUAUAUUCAAUGAGGUCAAUUCGGUUUCGCACCAGGUCUGGAUGUUCCAGCGCUUCACAGUCGUCAUGGAGUACCAGCAGAAGCCGGUGCUGCCGCCGCCUUUCAUCGCCUUCUGCCAUUUCUAUUCGCUGCUCAAGUAUUGCGUGCGCAAAGCGAAAGGAUUGGAGGUGCAGCGGGACAAUGGCCUCAAGCUGUUUCUCGAAAAGGACGAUCUGGAGCGGCUGUACGACUUCGAGGAGGAGUGCGUCGAGGGCUUCUUCCAUGAACAGGAAAUCAUAUUGAAUCAGUCGACCGACGAGCGCGUCAAGAACACAACGGAGCGCGUCGAGACCAUGUCACAGAAAAUCGAGGACAUCAAUCAAAAGGAGAACAUACAAACAGCCACCGUGCAGAACAUUGAAUUCCGUUUGCGCAAAAUGGAGGAAUCAUCGGAGCAAAUACUGUCGCACCUGGGCGUCAUACAUCGCUUCAUGUCCGCACAUACCGCUGGCAACGAGGAGCUGCGCGGCUCCGUCAUGAACAUUCCGGGUGAAAUGCAUCGCAUGCGCACCAUCUCCAUGUCCGACAAUGAGGCUGGCAGCGCCAGCGGAGGCGGAGGCGGCGGAGGAGGAGGCGGUGGUCCAGGAGGAGGCGUGGGUCUGGGACCGACGCUUACUUUAAAUUCGCUGCAGGUGAACAAUCGACGUCGCUUCAAUCGUUCGCUGACCGAGGUGCGACCGGACGCGUACAUCUUGGAUGAGGGCACACACUUUGAGGUGGUGCCGCUGCCCGAGGAACCGGACGAGGUGGUCAAGUCCCGUGAGGCUCUCAACGAGCAGGUGGUGCGCAAGGCAUCGAUGCAAUCGGAGCCCGACUCCGAUCUAUAUUUGCCAUUGUCUCAGCGCCCGUCCACCUGUGAGACGGUCAAACGGACGCCGUAUGUGACGGUGCGCCAGGAUACGGGCGCCAGCACCGAGAGCAAGGACACCCUAACCCCGAUGGGCACCAUGGAUGACGAUCAGACCCUUGUCGGCGGCGACAAUUCCGAUGAUGCCGCCCCGGACAUGAACUUUGAGGCUGCCAGGCAUCGGGCGCUGCGCCAGCGCACCGUCUCGCUCUGUCGCCGCAACUCGGAGACGUAUUCGUUGACCGCCGCGGACAUCAAUCGCUCGCACAUCAGCCUCAAUCAGCUGACGACGCUCUCACGCCGCCAGCUCAGUCUCACCCAGUCCGAGCCGGACAGCGACAAGGACGUGCCCCCAGUGCCACAGACGGGUAAAUCAGUUUUGCAUGCGAAACCGUCGAGAAAUAUAUUGCUGAAACUGCACAGUGAAUAUACAUCGAUAACGGACGAACUGGAGAACGUCUGCCAUUUGAUUGCCUCGCCGACCGUCUCGCUGCAGAGCAACAAAGCCUCCUUGGAUCGGCCCAAGACGGAAAUGUCGCGCGCCGAAGCCGCUGCGCUGCAGGAGAAGAAGCAUCUGAAGGAAUGCGAAGAGAAUGAUUAUAGAAUACUCGAGGGUCUCUUCGAGGCACGCGGCUCCAUCGAUGCCAGCGUCCAGGCCUAUGAGAUUGGCGUCUCUGUGGACUAUAGCCAUCGGUAUCCGCUGCGCCGGGAGACGGCCAUUGAGCUGUCGCCCUCUAAGCCCGCCGCCGAGGGCGGACCAAUUGGCGGAGCCACAAACGGCGACAGCAGCGAUACCAGCGGCGCGGGCAGCAGUCAUCAUGCGGCGAUUAGCGGCUUUCAGCUGAAGCACGAGCGGCCCUGGCAGCGCAAUUCGUCCAUGGAGCAGCAGGCCUACCAGUCGCCGCUGGUGCCGACGCGGGCCACCAGCGAUUUCCUGAAUGCGCCCUACGACAGCAGCGGGCGGCUGUUUAAGAAGUCCAGCGAGAGCUUGCAGAAGAACUCCAGCACGGACACAGACUACUCGGCGCAUCCGUAUCGCUUCAUCAAGCAGAGCUCGAAUGAGACAAACACCUCGCUAACCGGCUCCUACAACGUGGACACGCCCUCGUUGACGGCGGAGCCAUCCCUCGAUGCCGGCGAUUCGCACUCGGCGACGGGCAUCAGCAUGAGCGUUGGCCCUGCUGGCGGCGCUGCGACGGCGCGUUACCAGCCAAAGCGCACCGCGUCCGUUGGCGCUGCCGAUGGCAGACGCUUGCGCGACGACAGCUCCAGUUCCCUGGACCUGAGCGCGGCGCCAGUAAUGACGCAGGCAGCGCCAGCAGUGCCAACGCGUUCCAUGCAGCUGAAGAAACAGUUUAGCAUGGACCAGGGCAAGCCGCUAGCGCCGCCGAUCAGCGCCGAGACAGCGGAGGCAGCGAUCGGUGCCGGAAUCUCGACAGCUGCAGUCGCCGGCGUUGCGUUGCCCGUGCAGGUUGGCGCCAAACUGAUUUCAACGCUGAAGCCGCCGUACACCAGCAGGCUGGGCAUGAAUGUGCUCAAGGAGAGCAGCUCCAGCACAGAGGAGUCGCGCGACGGCGAGCCCAACUCCACGACCUCCUCCUCCGCCAAGAGCAGCAAUGUGGGGCUGUCCAUUCCACAGAUCAGCACUCACCUGGUGCAAGACGAGAUUGCCAAGCUGUCCUCGAACAUCAAGAGCAGCCAAACCAGUACCGAAUCGGAAAAGGAUCCGCCGUAUAACGAAACCAUGUGUUAACCACCUAUGUAAAUAUAUAGACAUAUAUACAUAUAUAUACAUGUUAUAUGUGUGUGUGUGUAUGUAUGUGUACCCGUUACUAAAUGUAUCUGUAUCUGCAUCUGUAUCUGUAUCUGUAAGUGUUAGUGUAUCUGUUAGAUGUACGAGUAAGUGAAUCCACCUUGUGCUCAAAAGCGUUGGUAGUCAACGAAAAAACAAUUACAAUAUUGCGGAUUAUUCCAUACAAAUAUAUAUAUAUAUAUCCGAUUCAUGUCAAAAGAUAGAGCGCAUAUCAAGUAUAUAAAUAUAUAUUUACGUUUGCCCUGGUGGAAUGCAACGCAAAUUAAAUUUUUGACAAUACAUAGCACACAGAUUCCUCUGUAUUUUUAUAAAAUGUAUUUAUUUACAAGUUGUCCGUUUUUAUUGUUGUUAAUUAAUAUACAAAACAAAACGAAAAAAAACAAAGAACAGCAAAGAGAAACAUUGACACAAAUAACAAAUCAAAAUUCAUAUUAUAUACAUGUAUAUCUGUUUUUACCACUCUUCAGCAUACAUAAAUGUCGUAUACUCUAUCUAACUGUUAUCAAGUAUAACCAAAUGUUUACAAUGUCUAGUUAUAGUUACCGAAACAUAUGAAAUGUCACUUGCAAUUUCACAUAUCCUACAACAAACUACAAACUUAUCAAAGAAGCAAACACUAGAACUCAAAACAAAAUCUAUAUAUAGUUAUAAAACUUAAAGCAAAACUUAUUGUACUUACGCAUUGCCUAUAUAAGUAUCUGUACUGUUAUGUAUGUAAACGCGUUGAUUACCCAACUAAUUGAUAUACAUUAUCUGUUUGUAUCUGUAUGUGUGCUAAUACUAAGUUAGUUAGUCCAUUUUACUUAUUUAUAUGUGUGUGUGUCCGCAACUGUAUGCAUGUUUAGCUAAUUAGUCUAGUUGAAAACAAUUU